UUUUAUCUUUCUCCUCCUUCUUCGUCAAAAUCUUCACCUUUUUUCUCUCCUUUUUCCAAAAUACCCUUUUCCUCUCUUCCCUCUUCUCCCAUCAGUUCUCGCCACAGCCGGUGGAUUCCUCUCUGCUUUCACGCCAUCGCCAAAGUCUCGCUUUUUACUCUCUAAACUGCCUGCCUUCCUUUCUCUUCUUGCUCAAGUAAGUAGCUUCUUCCUUCAAUCUCAUAAGAAUUCUUUUAUUCUUCUAUAAUUCCAUCUUUUCUGUUUGUUGUUUUAUGUUAUCACUCCAUUCAUCAACAAACAUGUUUAACUUACACCGUCAGAAACCCCUUAUCUAUGUAAACCUAAAAGUUCUAUUCCGAAGAACACCACCACACAUGUUCUGCACUUCACAAUCACACUCUUUGACGGUUUCAUACCUCAUCAAUAACCUUGGCUUCACCCCACAAUCCGCUCUAAACACCUCAAAACGGUAUAGUUUCAAGACCCCACACAAGGCAGACUUAGUCAUCGCAUUCUUCAAGACCCAUGGAUUCUCCCAUUCCCAUAUCGCUGCCAUUGUUGCCAAGCUACCUAAGAUACUUUCGUCCAAUCCACAAAUGAUCAUGCCAAAGUUUCAAUUUCUGGCCUCCAAAGGUGCUUCCACCGAUGACAUUAUUCUGCUAGCCACUAGGAACCCUAAAUUCUUGCAAUCGAGCCUCAAGAACAACAUAAUCCCUACUUAUGGAAUGCUGAGAACAUACUUUCAAUCCGAUGAGAAAAUGCUCCGUUGCAUUGCUUCUUUCCCUGUUUCGUUUAUGGAGGCUCGUUUGGUGAACAGUGUCAAGAUGUUGGCUGAUGCAGGAGUCUCUGACUCUGCUAUCGGCUAUUUGUUGCGUACCAGGGUUUCGGUGCUCUUGUCUGCUAACUUUAGGGAGCAGGUGGACGAAAUAAAGGAAUUAGGGAUUGAUCCUUCAACUGUUAAGUUCGCCAUAGCUUUGCGUGCCAAAAAGACUGUACCGAAAUCACUGUGGGAUGCGAAAGUCGAUGUCUUGAAGAGCUGGGGUUGGUCUAAAGAAACAAUGUCCGAAGCAUUCAGGAGGAACCCUUUAUGUAUGCUAUCAUCUAAGGAUAAGAUUAAUGAGGUGAUGAAACUUUGGGUCAAUCAAUUAGGUUGGGACCCUUUGGCUCUUGCCAAGUUUCCAUGGCUUUUUGGAUAUAGUUUGGAGAGAAAGCUUAUUCCAAGGGCUUUUGUUCUCCAGUAUUUACUUUCAAGAGGUCUGAGAAACAAGAAUGAUGAAUUAAGUAACCCAUUUUUUAUUUCUGAAGAGUUGUUCGUUAAAAGGACAGAUAGGCUGACACACAAUUUUGGUGCAUCGCCUGAAAUACAAGUAGGUGGGAGUAAAAAUUAGAGAAGAAAGAGUAAAAUGGGAGAGAAGAGAGAUAGAGACAUAAGUGAGAUUUUGAUGGGUGGUUUAACUAGGAUUUGUUCACAUAGCAUUUCUGAUUUCUCUUAUUUGUUUGUAACCUAGCUGAUAUGUGGAUUCUCUUGUUGCUGCUGCCUUUCCUUGCAAUAUGUAUCUUCCAAUUUUUGUAUUAGUGUUAUCUCAUUUAAAGGAUAUUCUAGUACUUGGUUCUACUCAAAUCUCUAUUUUAGGUGUAGGUUAGCUCAUUGAGCUUAGAUAUGAGUCAUGUAUUGAUGACCAAGUGAAAGCAAAGUUUGAUUGAUUGAAUAAUUGUUCAUUCAUCAUCAUAUGGUGUGAGUCAUGACAGCUUCUGGACACAGCAUAAGCAUGGUAGUUCAGGUAGCAGCCUCGCAAGGGUGCUACUUGCCUACUUACUACUUGCUUGAGAUGGAUAACUGUGUAUGAGAUAUUAAAUACAGAUCAGGAUCUUUCUUCUGAUUUUCUGUUUUGAGUUCCUUUACUAGAUUUUUAUAAAGAAGAAACUUAGCUUGCUUUCCCCCUUGGAUCUGUUCUGUGUUUUUUAUACUUUAUGAUAGGUCAAUUUGGUAUUAUUUGAUUCAUGUAGUCCAACCCAUCUAAUAGAACAAGAUUUAGUUGUUGUUGUUGUAUUCAUUCUCUAACACACUUUAGUAAAUAUUUUUAUAUA